UAGAAACCAUAGAACUUCUGUUUGCUUGUUUAUUGUUAUAAAUACAACAAAUAUGCUGGAAUAUAAGCCCAACUGCACUUUAGAAUGAGCCCUGAUCUAUACAAUAUUUUCACAUGUGCAUCUCAAUUCAAUGGCUCUAUUUUAGUUGUUAAUGCAAAUAAAGGAGAAUUUGAAACUGGAUUUGAUAAAACACGAGAGCAUGUCCUUUUUAUAUGGUCUCUAGGAAUAACUCAACUUGGAGUUGCUGUAAACAAAAUGGAUACUGUCAACUGGUCUGAAGAACGAUUUGAGGAGAUCAAAACAAAACUUGGGCUGUUUUUGAAACAGACUGGUUACAAAGAAUCUGAUGUUACGUUUGUACCAUGCUCUGGAUUAAGUAGUGAAAAUCUUGCCACAAAAGCAAAUGAAUCACUAUUAACCAAUUGGUAUAACGGCCCUUGUUUAAUGGAUGUCAUUGAUUCAUUUAAACCACCAGAGCGGGUAAUUUCUAAAUCAUGGAGAUUAUGUAUUAUUGAUGUUUUGGGAUCAGGGUUUUCAAUUGUUGGAAGAGUUGAAACAGGACAGCUUAGAGUUGGUAAUAAAGUUUUGGUACAACCACAGGGGGAACUCGUACAAAUUAAAAAUGAAUUACCGCAGCUAAUUACUUUAGUUGGUGACUUAAUCAGUGUUUCGCUUACUGGUUAUGAUGCACAAACUAUUUACUCUGGUUGUAUUUUGAGUGAAAUUUCACUUCCAAUAUCAAUAACAUCUGUAAUAGAAGCACGAGUGGUUGUGAUGGACUUUCCUAUUGUUCGUAGACAACAGGUUGUAUUGCACUAUCAAAAUGCAUAUGAAUCAGCAGUUAUUAGUAGAAUUUUAGCAGAAUUAAAUAAAAGUACUGGUUUAGUCACCAUGAAAAACCCUCGUAUAAUAAAGAAAAAUACUUAUGCUCUUAUCAAAAUAAUUCUAUCGAGACCAAUAUGUAUAGAGGUAUAUUCAGACAUCAGACAAUUGGGUAGAGUGAUGUUACGAUCUGGUGGUACUACUAUAGCAACUGGUCUUGUUACUAAAGUCAAUUUUAAUAAAAAAUAAAAAUAUAUACUUUGAAAAA